AUGAGCUAUACCGAAAUCAGUGACCAGUUUGAAACGAUUUCUUCCAAUCUUAAAAAAGGCAGCCAAGUGAUAUCAGCACUGUGUAAUUUCUUCAAAAAUUAUAAAAAACUAAUUGAUACUUACAAUCAGCAACAAUCCAAAUUAUGUGAUACUUUAGUUCUUGAAUUUCCUAACUUUUCACACCGUGAGUGUACGAAACCAUUCAAAAAUUCAGCGAAAAAUGUUUUAGUAUAAAAAUUUUAAUUGAAAAAUAUUUUAUAUGAGUGAUAAUUAGUAUAAUGAAAUCUAGUAGCUCCAGUCCCAUUUUUACUCGUUUAGGAGUAAUAUUUUUGCUUAAUUCUGACGAAUUGAAACAGCUUGCAUUUUAAAGCAUAAAUUUUAUACAUUUUACUUUCAAAUUUCAAAAAAGGAAUAUAUAUAAAUUUUAAAAAAAAAUUAAUCCCACCUCUGUGAGUGAAUAACAUUUUUUUGUUCACUCACCGAGGGGGUGUAAAGAAGGCAACGUAGAUACCUUAUCAACAGCACUCCAUUCCUUUAUUAGUUUUCUCAGAAAACAAAAUCAAAGUCAACUUGUAUUCUCCAAAAAUUUAUACGAAUAAAAAGCCGCAGAAUUUAUAUCGAAAUUGCCUCUACCUAUUUUCUAUAAAAAAUAGUUUUUCAGACUAAUCUCUUUUAGAUUUUUCAGCCUGCAAAUGGACACAAUUAGACAUAAUCGAGCCUUUAGAGCUAUUUAUCAAUCAUUUUGCUACAUCUACAGCUACUUUAUCAAGUCAGGGAGCUGCAGAAUUCAAAGAACUAACAAAAUGCAAAGACAGGCUCGAUAAAUCUAUGAAUAAAUACAUUCAAGCUUCAGAAAUCGCAGAAAAAUCUGAAAAGCUCAUUUCUGUUGAUGAUUCUAAAGAAAAACAAGAAAAAGCCUUAAAACAAUUUCUAGGCAACCGAGCAAUGGCCAAUAAAGAGUCCGACAGGUAUAUGAUCGCAUGCAACAAAAUGAACGGCCGUCUGGAUGAAUAUAACAGUGUGAUGCCAGGCAUAAUGCAAUGCCUUCAGCAAAAUGAAGUAGGACGAAUCCAUUUCUUAAAAUACACCCUUGAAAAGUAUGGAAAACAUUACUUAAAUUAUCAUAAUGUCACAACUGAGUCUUUAGAUGAUAUGACUAAAAUUUUGAGUAACGUCAACAGUGAUAUUGACAUCAGAGUUCUCGUAGACAGGCUGAAGUCGAAGUCAAGUGAAAUCACAAGAACAGAAUUUAUUACAUAUGAAAAAUGAAAAGAAACUAAUAAAAUUAUAGAAGAAACUUUACCAAAAGAAGAAGAAACGAAUAUAGAAGAACUUGCUGACCCGAAUUAUGAACUUAUUAGGACUGUGCUUAACUAUCUUACACAAGAUAUAAUGAGACGCUCAAUAGAGAGCUCAAGCGAUUCUGAUGCAAGUAUCGAUAUUCCUGCUUGCACCCCAGAACUUGAAGAACUCGACCAAGGCUAUUUUACUAAACUUUCUAAUAUCCUGCGUACAUCUGAAGGCCGCACAUUAUUUUGUGACGUCUUGGAACAUAUGAAACACAGAAAUUCGCUGACUGCAGACAAAAUAUUGCAGCUUGCUGCUAUUAUAAACUCACUUUUGACAGUAAUUAUGAUGGAAAAUGACAAAGAUCCUAUGGUUUUUAGCAAAAUUAUAGUGUCUUCACAUAUAUUUUAUACAGAAAAAGAAGAUGGAAAAAGGAUUUACUUGUCAAAUUAUAUAGCAUCCCAUAUGAUAUGGAAUGAUAAAUCACGAUGGAUUCAGGCAAUUGACUAUACGACUCAGGUAAAAAUUUCGACUGAUAAGACUUCUAUGCAGAGGAUUAAAUCAAUGAAAAGAAAAAAUGAAGGACUAUUUGGAACUAUAAAGACGCUUGCUAAUAAGCUUCCUAUGGUAUUUCAAAAAGGAGGAGAUGAGCAGACUGAUAAAUCAGCAGGAUUUAUGGUGAUGACACAGUUUAGUUUUCAUAUGAUACAUUUGGCGGUGCCUUUAGAAACUGCAAAUGCUAUUAUAAUGAGUUUUUCACAAAAAAUAAGUUUAUUAUAUUGAGUUUUUUAUUAUUUAAUAUGAAUCUAUAAAUAGUUUUUGCAAAAUUUUAAAAAAAACUCGCCAAGUGGCUUUAAAAAUAUCAAUUAAAAAUGGAAUAAAUUUGGAUGCUGAUAGGACUUGUGUGCUCUUAGCUGAAUUGCAAGCAAAUCAAAGAAAUAGCCUAAAAGAAGAAGCACCUUGAAAAGUAUCUAAAAAACGACGAGAAAAAGAAAGGCGAAAAUGGGGAGAAAUUUUGCCAAUUGGAUUAGCAUUGAAAUUUUUAACACAAAAAGAAAGCUUCAAUUUAGUUUUAGUCUGUAAGCACUGAAAGUUAAGACUUUACCCUACCAUUAUAAAGAAAUGGCUCUAUAAAGGAGGACUCGAUGAAGAAUUUAAGCUGAAAAUCAGAACAAAAGCAUGGACAGAGCUGCUAAAAGAUGAUAUAGGUGUUUUCCCUAUAUAGCCCGAUAAGGGCCGUGGGUUCUCCGUGGAAUCCCUCUGCUGGUUGAACCAACCAGUGAAUUGGUCAAACCAACGCACUGAGUUGGUUUGACCAACAGAGGGGAUUCCACUGAGAACCCACAGCCCUUAUCGGGCCAUAUAGGGAAAACCCCUAUAUGCCAACAUCUAUUGAUUAUAUUGCGUUAUUAAACAAAGUUGUAGCUGAGCCUACAGCUAUAAAUGAAUUAGAAGAAAUUAUUGACAUGGACGUCUCUAGGUGCUAUCAAAACCACCCACACAUAAUUCCACAAGUCCUUAAGAAUUUAUUGAAAACUUAUGCAUAUUAUAACCCUGAAAUAGGGUAUUGCCAAGGGAUGAAUUAUAUUGCUGGAACUUUAUAUAAACAUUACAUUACAUUAUGUAGACGGGCUCUUGCCCUUAAUUUUAACGCAAUCACAGAGGAUCCCCUAGGGUUCAACUCUCUUUGCGACCUUUCUUCCGUCCGGUCUCCUCCUUGUCACUUGUAAAAGACUCCAGUCUUGAGUGGGCAGUCUACGGGCUUUUGCGGCCUCCUGAGGCUGAGAGAAAACGAAGUUGGCAUUCCGAAAUCCCCGAAAAAUGGAAUUUCUGGUAGCCUAUCGGCAAAAGGGUUAAAGUCCAGAUCCUGGGACGUAACGCCCAGUUUCACGCUAGGCAAUUGCCCGAUUGGUCUAGGGAUUACCUGUAGACCUUGCUGGGCUUGCCCUUUCCAAACCUGGACCUCCCUUUCCUUCGAGGUAAAACCCAGUCUCGGAAUUGGACUUGGGCUAGGCUCUACCUCCUGCAGAAUUGGUUACCAUAGCAUCGCCGUCCUUUCCGAGGCUAGUAAAACCUUGUCGGAUAUAAUUAAAAUAUGAGUCGAGGAUGUAUGGCUGUGAGGCCAUACCUAGACGAAGACGCCAUAUUUUAAUUAUAAUUUUAUAUAUACAAAUACAAGAUGAAGAAGCGACAUUUAGAUCUCUCAUUUCCCUAGUUAAAAGGUUUAAAAUGACAAAUUUAUUUAUAGGAGAAAUAAUUAAAUAAAUUAUGAUAAAAAGUAUAUUAAUUUAUUUUUGUAAAAAAAAGCUCUGGCAGAUUAAAUUUAUAGAGUAUAUAAAUGAUUUACCAAAGCUCAAGCAAUUUUUCUAUCAAAUGGACAGACUUAUUGGAAUUUUAGAACCAGAGGUCCAUGAGUAUUUUAAAGAAGUUGGGAUAUCCUCAGGCCACUUUAGUUCUCCAUGGUUUAUCACCCUCUUCGCUAGCCACCUGCAGAAUAAAACAGAAAUUUUACUACAAAUUUGGGAUCUAUUUUUAAUUCAAGGGUGGAAAGCAAUUUUUAAAGCUGGAAUUUCAAUAAUUAGCAGACUAUCCAAAGAGAUUAUAGGAUCAAGGUUUGAAGAUAUUAUGCAGGUGUUGACAAGUUUGAGUAUUAACAUUGCUAAUAUUGAUGUAUUUGAUGGAGAAUUCAUUCAAAGAGUGAAGAUGGUCAAAAUUAGUGAUGCUUUGCUACAGGAUUUGGAAUUUGAGUAUGAAAACUUAAAAAUAAGAGCUGCAGAGAGGAAAAAAUAA